UGGGGGAUUUUUAUAUCUUUAAGAGUCUGCCCUCUCCCGUGGGGAAUGAUGUGGUUCCAUGGGCGAGCACUGAACGACAAUUGGAGCAGAGAUGGAGAAGUUCAGAAUAUAAAAGGAGAUGGAGACCAAUAACGAUUGAAGAGCCCACGAAUCUAUAGCUGGACAUCAAAAAGGGGAAAGGGGAAAACGAAAGGAGAGAGAUAGAGAGGUGGAAAGCGUGGGAAGGAGAUCUGAACCGGAAGACUGGAACCUAACCGAUGAGCUCUCUCCGUUUUCUACGGCUCUUGUGAAGGUGAAGGAAUCACUGUUUUGGGUUUUCUAAUGGAAGCCCCCGCAGAGGAGUUUUUGAAGAAGCUGCAGGAGCUGGAAGCAGGACAGGCGAUGCUGAAGCAGGAGAUGUCUAAGCUGCUGCCUGGCGGCGGAGGGGGGGAGCGCCGGAGGUCUCACUCUGUUUCGCCUCAGCGGACGUCUCCCACCGCUUCGGCGGCGGCGCGGCGGCAGGGCGGUGGAUACGACCACGGCGCUUCGGUGUCCGGCCGAGGGUCUUCGUCUUUUGGCCACUUGUCGCGGUUGCAGAGGGAGAGCCGCGAGCCAAGCUCCUCAUCCAUGGUAAGUGGCGGCGGCGAGGUCUCUGCCAGCGUCGGGCUUUCGGAUCGGCAUUACCCUAAUAUACUGCAGUCGCUGGGGCAGUCAGUUCAUAUUUUUAAUCUUGAUGGGAGAAUUAUCUACUGGAACCCAUCUGCUGAGCGACUUUAUGGUUACUCUGCAUCAGAAGCCCUUGGUAAGGACGCCGUUGAGCUGCUUGUUGAUUCCCAUGACUUCUGCGUUGCUGGUAACAUAAUACACAGAAUAACUAUGGGGGAGAGCUGGACAGGAAAGUUUCCUGUCAAAAACAAAAUGGGAGAGCGUUUUUUAGCGAUCACCACUAACACUCCCUUCUAUGAUGAUGAAGGCAGUUUGAUUGGGAUCAUAUGCGUUUCCAGUGAUUCCAGAUCCUUUCAGGAAGUGGUUUACUCUAGUUAUUCAAAGCCUGUGGCUGCUGGCUCUAACAAUCCUAAUCAUCCUAGGAAAAGUUUCACAAGUAAAGGGGGUUCAGAGUCUCAACAACCUUUUCAAGUUGCUAUUGCAUCAAAAAUAUCAAAUUUGGCUUCAAAAGUGACCAACAAAGUUCGUUCUCGUAUAAGAACCAAUGAAAGCAGCACUGAUCGUGAAGGUGGAAGUGGAGAUAGCCAGCAAUCUGAUCACGACGCUUUGCAGUCAGACCAUCGGGAUGAUGCCAUGUCUAGCGGUGCAAGCACUCCUAGGGGAGACGUAGCACCUUCUCCCUUUGGAGCUUCUUCUUCCGCAGCUGUGGAUGAAAGUUCUCCUAGUAAAACAUCUAAAGCUGGUAGUGAGGAGAAUGAAGGAAAAGCUGGGCUGCACAAAAUCAUAAGCUCAAAAGCUGAGGCGUGGAUUGCUAGUAAGGGAAUAUCAUGGCCUUGGAAGGGUUCUGAGAAUGAUGGUAAUGAUAUCAAAAGUAGAUUUUCUUGGCCAUGGUUGCAAAAUGAUCAAGACGGUGACACAAGUCAGGCAAAGGCCUCUGAGUGUGGUGUUAAGCCUGAGGAAAAUAAUGGGCCCGGAAAUAAUGACGCUUCAGGAUCCUGGUCGCCUUUAAAUGCUAAUAGUACAAGUAGUAUUAGCAGCAGUGGAAGCACAAGUAGUAGUGUCCAAAAAAAGUUGGAUUUGGAGACGGAUUGCUUAGAUUAUGAGAUUUUGUGGGAAGACCUGACAAUUGGGGAACAGAUAGGUCAAGGUUCCUGUGGAACUGUAUAUCAUGCUCUUUGGUAUGGCUCGGAUGUUGCAGUGAAGGUAUUCUCUAAGCAAGAAUAUUCAGAGGAAGUGAUAUUUUCAUUCAGGCAAGAGGUAUCACUUAUGAAGAAACUACGACAUCCAAAUACACUUCUGUUCAUGGGUGCUGUUUUGACUCCAGAACGUCUUUGUAUUGUUACCGAGUUUCUUCCACGUGGUAGUUUAUUUCAAUUACUUCAAAGGAAUACAAUCAAGCUUGAGUGGAGGAGGCGCACGCAUAUGGCAUUGGAUAUUGCAAGAGGGAUGAAUUAUCUUCAUCAUUGCAACCCACCUAUCAUCCACCGUGACUUGAAAUCAUCCAAUUUGUUGGUAGAUAAAAAUUGGACUGUGAAGGUUGGAGAUUUUGGCCUUUCACGUCUAAAGCAUGAAACAUACUUAACUACACAAACUGGGAAAGGAACGCCACAAUGGAUGGCUCCAGAAGUUCUUCGCAAUGAACCAUCGGAUGAGAAAUCUGAUGUGUACAGCUUUGGUGUCAUUUUAUGGGAACUUGUUACUGAGACAAUCCCAUGGGACAAUCUCAAUUCCAUGCAGGUCAUUGGAGCAGUAGGUUUCAUGAAUCAGAGGUUGGAGCUGCCAAGGGGGUUGGACCCACGAUGGGUUUCAAUCAUUGAGAGCUGCUGGCACAUCGAUCCCCAUUGCCGACCUUCAUUCCAAGAACUGCUGGAGAGAUUAAAGGACUUGCUGAGACAAUAUGCCAUCCAAACACAGAUCCAGCGUUCUUCCACUGCCAACCCUGCACAGACCACAGUUUUGAGAGAGAAUGCUGGAGAUUGAUGACUUCAAGAUUUUAGAAAGGAGCUUUUAAAAGCACAGUAGCAGAAUGAUUAAUCAGUACUAUUUUGAUUUUUGGAUGCCAAUUUCUUCUAUUUUGGCGUCCUGGUUUGAUCCCUUCGUUCCCCUUUGAUUCGAAUCAGCUGAAAUCAGCUGAAUGCCAUGAAAGCUGCUCUUCAGCUUUGAAUUAUGCUGGAAAGAGAUGAGGCCGUUUCUUUGUAUUGUAUUGUGAGGAACUGCUGAGUUUCUGUGGAUAAAAUUGUAAGUGAAUGUAUUUGAAAAUCUUUCAUUGAGAUUUGAAGGCUGUAGGAAAAGUAAAUUUGUUGGUGGAGCUGUAUAGUUUAUGCUCUUCUGUAAUAACAGUAGGGAAGAGAAUCACCUUUUGAAGGGGGAAAAAUGCAUUAAAUUGUGAUGUUAUAUGCUAUACAGUCAGUUGUCAUGUAUUUGGUUUAAAAUUAAAGAAAUUUAUGUAUGCAAUUUCUAUACAGCCAGCAUAAGUGGA